AUAGCAGAAGGUGUUUCCGUCAAGGUGUGAUGAAGUAAUGUGAAAGCCGUAGAAAUCGCUAGGAUUCUGCUCGCUGGGGAUGGAUCAGCGGGUGGGGUCCGGGUGGAGCCUCAUCUCACGUGACAAGAAGUGUCGGCCACUUACACAGGGAAUGAUAUUUGUGGGACGACAAGAGUGUGACAUUGUGGUGGACUCCCUCAGUGUGGACAAGAGGCACGCUGUCAUCUUCUUCAAUCCCAGCGACAAGCUCUUCCACAUCAAAGACUUGAACAGUGGCACAGGGACCUAUCUGAACGGUACACGCAUACCUGAACAGACCUACGUGAAGCUCAGCCACAUGGACUGCCUUAGGUUUGGCUAUGGGCACGAGACCUUCUGUGUCAUUCACGAGGGCUCUCCAAUGUCUCCAUUUUCAGACGCCAAACAUGAAGUAGUGGUUCAGGACUCCAAUCCAGCGCCUGAGCCCAUUGUGGAUGAGGAGCCCUCGUUCUGCGAGGAGCUUCAGGAAGCAGACUCCCUAGAAGACCUAAGCCGAACCGAGGAAUCAGUGAGCACAGUGCGGGAAGUGCUGUCACCACCUGCCCUCUCCCAUUGUACCAAAGAACAAUCUCCUACAAGAAAGGAAAUGUUGCUCCUGAAGGAAGUAUCUCCUGUUGAGCAGUCUGCUGUGAAAAAGGAGUCUUCUCCACUUCGUUUUCCAGCAGACAGAUCCCCCGUGAAUAUGGAGCCUCCUCCACUUCGUUUUCCAACAGACUGUUCCCCUGUGAAGAGAGAGAUCUCCCCACUUGGCUUCCAAACUGAACCAUCCCCUGUGAAAAGAGAGCUCCCUCCACUUGGCUUCCUAACUGAGAGAUCCCCCGUGAGAAAAGAUGGCUCCUUCAUUGGCUCCCUAGCGGAGCAAUCUCCCAUAAGAGGAGAAUCCUCCCCUUUGGAAACCGUCUCUCCACCUGCAUUGUGCCCAGAGGUGUGCUCCUCUCCCGAGACGUCCCCGCAAGUGACUCCAGGAAGUUCAACUGCAUUCACAAUCCCCUUUGGUAACGAGGAGGGCAGUCUCCCCAGCCGACGUUUGGGUCUCAAGGAUGGCAUCAGAAAAUUUGCACCACCCAAAGUAGAGCGACCAACAGCAUGGUCGAGGCCAUCAUCUGCAAAGUCUGGGGACUCUCCAGGCAGUGGGAAGAACUGCAUCACGCCCCUGGGUCCUGAAACCAGCAAUGGAAAGAGGCGGCUUGAGGCUAGGAAAGAAGCUGAUCACGUCUUGGACCUUAAAACCGCAUUACACCCUACCAGCAACACAGCUAGCAAACCAGCAGCAAGACCCACAAGCCUCGAUGAUAGACUGACUGAUUCUGCAACAUACCUCAUACAGCGUAUGCUCAGUGACAGCCCUUUCUCUGGCAAGAAACCUCCACAGGCUCCCCCACGUUGUCACAAAAGCCCCAUCAGUCCACAAGUCCCUCAGUUGCCUUCCCCUGGUGAUGAUCGAAGUGAAACAGGGACAUACACUGUGGGGCUUGAAAAGGCAGAUCCAGCCGUGGAAGAAGCACGGAGAAAGAUAGAUGAGGUGUUCGGAGUCGCACAACGGACGUUGCCAUCAAAGAUUCAAACAAAACCACAGCUGGAGAGUUGCUUCACACCGCAAGGUUCCUCUGGGAACUCGAGCCCCCUGUACACCCAGGGCAGCAUGUCACCUAUAGGCCGUCCAAAACGUCGCCUGCCAACACCACCUACAGAGCAGCCAUCGGGUACAGCCACUUUCACCCGUCGGCCAUCUGCACCACCUGUUAUCGUGGAGAGCAAGGCGACUCCUCCGUCUUCACCACUGUCCAGGCGGCGACUCACGAGACCUUCUUCAGGGAUGGUGGAUGGAGCUGCAACGUCCCGACCACCUGCCACUUCUUCCAGACCAAAUACAGUUUCAGCAGGUGGGCGCACACCCUGUCGUCGCACACCAUGGGCUCUGAGCAGCUCAGAUGUGGACCUCACGAAGGCAAAGACUGAACGUUCUGAGGAGACAGCCAGUGUGGUGUCAGACACAAGCACUGAGCCAUCCUCACAUAGCUCAGGCUCCCAAGGUGGGCCCCAGAUGAAGCUGAACCGCGCCUUUGCCCUGAGAAGAGCUCGGCUAGGACUAGGAGGUGAAACAUCACCCGCUAAUAGCAAGCCUGCCCUACGCAGCAGCAACCCCAAUCUCUCAAGGCAAGAUGGUGGACGGUACAGCCUCCGGUUGCCACGUGGAGCAAACCCAUCAAAGGGUGGCAAGCGAUGCAAUGACACACGACAGCAAGAAGAUCACAAGAGGCCCUCAGUGUCAGACACGGAGCGUAGUUCUCCCCUUCACGACACGCGGAUUUCGGGACAGUCUUCCCUAGGGAGGUCUUCUUCCUUUGGAGCCGGGGACCUCCUAAAUGGACCUGCCACCGGGAGCAACUUAAACAGGGGAGACACCUUCCUCAGGGCAGCACGCAACAGGUUACCUGCAACGGAGCGCAGAAAAGAAAAGGCUCAGGAGGUUAAAGAACCUGUAGAAAACGGUACCAGAUCAUCUGGCAAGAAAGAACUAUCUGCCCUCGACAGCCUUGUCAUCUCUGCCAUCUACCAGCUCUCUGGAAAGCUGAGGACCAAUGCCAGAAGCCUCAUUGAACGAGAGAGGUUCAAGUUUCCCGAAAACAGCGAAGCACGCCUUAUGAUGGAGGAACUUCUUCCUCGUGUGGUGGAGCCAUCGGGAAGGCAAGGUGGCGACUCUCCACCUGAUGGAAACGUGACACGCGAGCUCUCUACGAUACUCAAGAACCUCAAGAGGAUAGAACAGAGUCUGGAUGUGCUCAACUCUCUCGCUGCAAAUGAACCUUCCGGUGAAGUGGUCCCCGUUACAAAGAAGACAUCGGGCGGCUUCUUCUAUGUGGAUGUGUGACCCUUUGCACUGUAUAGGUAGUAGUUGCCUCACUGAGGCAACACACAAACAAAGGGUGAUGAACUUCUAGACUCUUUUUGCCAAAGAUCGCUAGAUGUAUUGGAGCAGUUCUUAGGAUAUGCGAGGUCCACUUCUGUGCAUUUGCCCCCUUUUCUCUUCUCCUUCCGUUUUUGUUUGUUUCAAGUUGUCCGAAUCAAUGCUCGAGUGUCAGGUCCAUCAAAGCCCCCAUUGUACAGCAUAACGAAUUUGUCACACACAAAAGACAAAAGAGCAAGCAUGAUAGUUAUAUUUACAUUGAGGUUUGCUCACUUUUAAAAUUAGUUUGUUGUACCAAAGGCGGUCUUCCAGGAGCAUUAGCAAUGCCAAAGCCAACUGUAUUAGGAGAAAGUUGCAGUGCCAGAUGAGAAGCAUUGCGCCACGUUAUGUACACAAUCAUCAUUAUAGCAGUUGGGGAUGAAGUGAAUUGUCUGGUGUUUCCCAUUUGGUUGAUCCCGUCCAGUUGAUAACAGUAUCUAGGGGACUUUACAAGUAUUUAGUAGACUUUUAGUUCAAAGGCACAAGGAGAUGUCAUAUUUUAUGCGGCUCAGAUAAUUGUGCCUGCUUCAUUUCUCCUAGUACAGGUGGCUAGCACUGAAGACAGCUAUUGGAAUUAUUUUUUUAAGGUUAUUUUUUUUCACCUUUAUUUAUCAUGUGCUUUCCUCCUAUGCUUAGUUGAUGUGCUUAUAUCAAUUAUGACUUGACAAUGUGAUUAUGUGUAUGAUGACACACAUCUACCACUGAAAUGAUUUUUACAACACACAGAGAAGGACAGACAGCGUGAUUGAGAAAGCUAAGUGUCAGAAAAAAGCAACAAGAAAAACAGUUGUAGGUAUCUCACGGUAUUUGUAUUGAAUAAUCGAGAAAGUUUGAAUGAACUACAUGGAAGCUCAUAGUACCCAACAGCCGGGUUUGGGACUGUGCAUCUGUAGGCAUGCUUUGCUGUGUAAAAGUGGUCCAUUACAAUUACUAUGUACACGGUGUUGUACAAGAUGCAGUGCAUAUUAUCUUAAAACAGGUAUAUAACAAAGCUGUUACCACAUAAGGAGCUGGUGCUACUGCCUGCAAAUAAUUGAUCACAACCUACUAAUUAAUAUAAUAAUAAGACUACUAUUAGGUAACGGGUAAUAAAAGCCGCACAAAUUUCUUCCACUUAUGGUGCUGCGGUUUUGCUUACACCAUCGGUGUGAGGCGAUAGGCUGGCUAACCUACUGUGGAUACAUGCGAUACUGCUACUUUGAAGAUGCAAAUGCCCCACAAUUUUAAAUUUAUGCUGCCAUCAACAAUCCGUUCCGCUUUUUGGGCCUAUUGAUCUGUAGCACACAGCUAUUAGUAGGAAAACAUGGCAGACACACACACACAAUGUGCAUCUCAGCCUUUGGUCCUAGUAGAUGUUUGCCUGCAGCUUUGUGAAUGGAUUGGUGACUGAGAAAAUUUGAGGAUUAAUACACAAAGCCAUGUGCACAGCAAAGAUAAUUUUACUUCUCCAAGUGAGUAUGAAAGGAGGGCUUCCAUUUGCUACAUGCAAGCAGCCACUGCAUAUUCACAGCUGCUGCAGUGUGAAAUUUCCUGGAACAAUGCGACCUGCAAGGUUUGUGCUGCUGCAAUUAAUAUCUCAAUUUGUACAACUGCAAUGCAGCUCAGUCUGAUGAUUACAAGUGCUCUUAAAGGUAGGCAUCUAUCUAGUAAGUUGUGAUCAAAGGCAGCAGUAUGGUGGUCUUUUUGUGUAUUGCACGAAAGGGGCGAAUGCAUUUUGCUACUUGCACCUGGAAAGGUUCUUCAAGAUUGGCACGUGCAUGAAGUGGUUGGUGGUAUAUAUGUAUUGUACAUAUCUGUUCGUUUUACAAGAGCAGCUCAACUCUUAUUUAAUUGUUCCCCAGUGCAUCUAAACUAGGUCGUCACCCCCCCCGCAUAGGAUGCCCGCAAGCUUCAUGAACUCUGAACAAUAUAAAUUGUUGGCACAAUCAAACAAAAGGAAGAGAGACACAACAGAGCUUUAUUGAGCUUUCACCGGAAUGGUUUAAUGUCAAGAUACCUCUGUCCUCUACGUCUCCUUGUAAGUGCUUGGCAAGUCCUGACUUCCUGUCUACAUUUGAUUGUGCUAAUGAUUUAUGUCGUGGAUGUUUGCCAGCUACUCCACAUGGCCACAGUACAGAGAGGAAAAUGCUAUAGUAUCUAGUCUGACGCUACGCUAUGAUUUCUGUAGCAAGCAAGGCCUCCUCACCCUGGAACAUCCAUGACAAGCCUUUCUCUCGAGCAGAGGCGUAAUGUCUGUAAAACAUCCCCAUGAAACACUUCUAAAAUUACUCUUCCCAUAAAUACAUAGGUACCUAUCAAUGCCUUCAGUAAAACAACACAAGGAUUUUGUCCUCCUGGUAGCUUUGUUCCAUGUUGUAUUCCUGUAAAUUUUAUUUCAAUAUUAUGAUGUACUACUAGGUGGCAGGUGCCACUGUGAAGCCUGCGCAUAAAUGGAUAGCAUGGCAUGGUGCAUCACACAAUUCUGUGCAGGGGCUGAAGUGUUGUGGUUCUAUGAGUUUUACAAAUCGACAUACAUUGAUGCUGCCCUUUUAUGGCACCUAUGGUGUACAGCAAAUGAUGCACUGAAUGCAGUUGAGCAUUUGCUUUUUGUGUGUGAUGUGGGCUAGUAACACUUCCAAAAGAGACUCCUGGCCUUGCAGGAGUCUAUGCAUGGUGACCCAAAAGAAGGAGACCAGUGUUGUGACAAUACAAAAAAUAUAUUUGAUUCUGAAGGGUGA